UUGAAGGGCAUCGAGUCUGAAGAGAAGUGAAAUAUGGGCUAGUACUUGAAACCUACAGCCUUGAUGACAAUGAGCGACGCACCGAGUUAAGUCCUCUGUUCUUUAGAACCAACUGAACAUGGGUUUAGGGUUUUCGGUGGCUUAACACUGUCCACCACUUUCCCUCAAUUCUCUCACUUUCUCUCUCUCAAAACCAUAUGCUUUUCCUCUUUUUCUUACAUGAAUUAAGGUAUGCUCCUCAGAAUCCUCUAAGCUUAACUUCUCUUUUAUUUUUCUUUUUAAAUUGUUUCCCCUUGUCUCUCUCUGGAUCAUUUAUUUCCUACUUCAUUUCAUUUCCGUUGCUAUUGUCAACAUGUUGAAGUGACACACUUACAUACACUUGCACCUAUACAAUUUUACUGGGUUUUUUUUUGUUUGGUGUUAUUCGUGAGUUUCUAAUGGCUGGAGGCCCUUUUACCUCAUUGUUUAGAAUCUUUGCAUCAAGAAACAAUGUUCACAGUGCUAGAGUUUUGCUUUCAAAUCAAAAUUUCCGUUCUAUGAGACAAUUUAACAACUGGGUUUUAGAAACUCAUCAGUUUAGUACCUCUUUUGAUGUUCCUUGCCGGCAAUUUUCAACUAGUUUAGUAGACAACAUUCAUUCUCACUCACCUUUAAAGAACCCACAAUUUACCAUUUUUAAUCCUGCUGAUGCGAGGCCGUUUUCUUCAUCUGUCGAUGAUGAGGAUGGUAAUAGAGUGAAAUUGAAUGAGAAUAAAAGUUUGGAUUCUGUAGAGAAUGGUGGUCUUGAAGGUGUUGAUGGGAAUAGUGUUGGUGCGGGUGAUGAUAACGAGAGUUGCGUUUGUGAUUCUAUGGUUAUUGAAGAGAAACAAAGUGAUGGUGUUGAGGGUGGGAAUAAUGUUGUGGGGAAAAAGAAUUUGGCAUUUCGUGACCCUGUAGAGUUGUAUCGGGAGCUUCUUACUGCUGAAAAGAAUGAUAAUUUGAAGCGAUCGGAUUGGGAUACUUUACAAGAGAUAUUCUCUUGUUUUUCAAAAUCGGGCUGGGCAGCUAAUCAGGCUCUUGGCAUUUAUAUUGGCAAGUCAUAUUUCCAUACUGCUGUCAAUCGGUUCAGGAACUUUUUCUUUAAGAAAUGUUCUGCUGAGCUUGCUAUGCACUUGGUGUCACUAGGUGCAUCGGAUAAGGCUGUUAGGUUCCUUUUCCCAAUAUUUGUUGAGUAUUGUAUAGAAGAGUUUCCUGAUGAGAUCAAGCGGUUUCGGAAUAUGAUUUCCUCAGCAGAUCUUACAAAGCCACACACAUGGUUCCCUUUUGCACGAGCAAUGAAACGAAAGAUCAUAUAUCAUUGUGGUCCAACAAACAGUGGUAAAACUUAUAAUGCAUUGCAAAAAUUUAUGGAAGCAAAGAAGGGUAUUUAUUGUAGUCCACUCAGGCUGUUAGCCAUGGAAGUUUUUGACAAGGUCAAUGCUCUUGGGGUUUACUGUAGUCUCUAUACUGGGCAAGAGAAGAAACACGUGCCAUUUUCCAAUCAUAUUGCUUGUACUGUGGAAAUGGUGUCAACUGAGGAACUGUAUGAUGUGGCUGUUAUUGAUGAGAUCCAGAUGAUGGCUGAUUCAUGCAGAGGCUAUGCAUGGACGAGAGCAUUACUUGGUUUGAAGGCUGAUGAAAUUCAUUUGUGUGGAGAUCCUAGUGUUCUGGAUAUUGUUAAAAAUAUCUGUUCAGAAACUGGAGAUGAAUUGUAUGAACAACAUUAUGAGAGAUUCAAACCGUUAGUGGUUGAAGCCAAAACUCUGUUGGGAGAUCUUAAAAAUGUACGAUCUGGGGAUUGUAUUGUUGCAUUUUCAAGAAGAGAGAUAUUCGAGGUGAAAAUGGCAAUUGAAAAACACACCAAUCAUCGUUGUUGUGUUAUUUAUGGGGCCUUACCACCAGAGACUCGUAGGCAGCAAGCUAACUUGUUCAAUGAUCAGGAUAACGAGUAUGAUGUGCUGGUUGCAAGUGAUGCUGUGGGGAUGGGUUUGAAUCUGAACAUUAGAAGAGUAGUUUUUAAUAGCCUUUCAAAGUACAAUGGUGACAAGAUUGUUCCAGUACCACCAUCACAGGUGAAGCAGAUUGCUGGAAGAGCUGGUAGAAGAGGAAGUCGGUAUCCAGAUGGACUCACAACCACCUUGCAAUUAGAGGAUUUGGAUUACUUGAUUGAUUGUUUGAAGCAACCUUUCGAGAAUGUCAAGAAAGUGGGUCUCUUUCCUUUCUUUGAGCAGGUUGAAUUGUUUGCUGGACAGCUGCCAGAUAUUAGUUUUGCUCAUUUGCUUGAAAAGUUUGGUGAAAAUUGCCGUCUUGAUGGCUCAUACUUCUUGUGUCGGCAUGAUCAUAUAAAGAAGGUGGCAAAUAUGUUGGAGAAAGUUCAGGGAUUAUCUUUGGAAGACCGAUUCAACUUUUGCUUCGCUCCAGUUAAUUUCAGAGACCCAAAAGCAAUGUACCAUCUUCAUAGGUUUGCUGCACUGUAUAGCAUAAAGGUCCCUGUUAGUAUAGCAAUGGGCAUGCCAAAGGGAUCUGCUCGGAAUGAUGCAGAACUCCAAGAUCUCGAGACUAAACAUCAAGUUUUAUCCGUGUAUCUAUGGUUGUCCCAGCACUUCAAAAAAGAAAUUUUUCCAUAUAAGAAAAAGGCUGAGGAAAUGGCAAUAGAUAUCGCAGAUUUAUUGGGCCAAUCUCUCAUCAAGGCUUGCUGGAAACCAGAAUCAAGGCAGGGAGGGAAUCCAAGGCCUCAACAGAAGGAAGAUGGUCAUGAGAGGCACAAAGGAGAUGGUUACAGGAGGCCUAACUCACUUGUCAAGAUUUAUGAAAAGAAAAGGCAAGAAAAAGAGUUGCUGCAGGGGCAUUCACAGAAGGUCGUUGUAUAGGGAAUCUUUCAGUGGCUCUUGAUUGCACGUUGUGAUUGGAUGCACACAUUUUUCUGCAAUAUUAUGAAGGAAUACUGUAUUUUCCAAAUAGAGAUGCUGUUUAAGCAUGGAAUUUUCAUGCUGGAUAACUGAAGUACGCAUAGAAUGGUGCUUGAAGUUCCAGGCCCCAUGUUUCUGUAUACACAGCUGACAGACAUGAUAUCAAACCCUUGCCAAAUGAAAGUAUGCAACAAAGCUCAGGCUCAUGAGUGAGAAAGCAUGGAAGGCUACAGCUCCGGGUAAUGAUUAUCAUCGCUGCAUCGAAACCCAUGAAGCUAGGGAAUCAACGCCAAAGACAUUGAAAAAUGAUGAAAUAUUAAAAUAUUUUCUUUCUUCAACAGAAAGGUAAAAAAAAAAAAAAAGGGACAGGAAUUUUAUAAUAAAUUUGAUUGUAGGAUGGAUA